GUUGUCUUGGUAGUUCAGUUCUCAAGUAUAGCUUGAAAUGACAGUUUCUCGGCUGUAUUCUUUCUGAUGGAAAUAGAGUCUAAACAUAUGAUCCUUGCUCAGCCAGCAUAAAAAAAAAACAGGCCCAGUGUCUGUGAGAUAAGCACUAAUGUCUGUGAAUUGUUAUGGUUGAACAACUCAAGGAUGUCUGGGUCUUGGUACAUGAAGUCACUUUGGCAACAAUAAUAGGAAGGCAGAAGAAUACAGUAGGCAUAAGUCUGAAAGAGAAAAGGAGUAGAGGAAACGGAUUUCAUUCAUCUGUUGAAGACUACUCAGACCUGAGGCGAAGCUCAGUUGUGAUGUCUAUCUCUGCUACUGCCUGUGUGUAUGUGCACUCCUCUAUGUGCCUACAGCUUCCAUCUCCAACACGUCCACCAUGGAUGCCCUCCUAGCUGGCGUUCAAGAUCAGGAGCACACUAGUGGGGAUUCGCCAUUUCUUCGGUUGAGAGCCAGUCUGCCUUCUUACUCACAGCCACUUCGUCCGUACGCCUUGCUGACCAACGCAGAGGACUACAUCUACAUGCCCAAACCAAGACAUUACCGCCCUUCACGCCUACUUCGUAUUCUGGGAUCCUCCUUUGACCCACUCUGGAUGUCUGUUGGUCCUCUAUCUGAAGGCUCUGGGGUAUGCACCGACAAAAGUAGCUGUAAUGCUAUGUCAAGAGAUGACACCCUACCUGUCAAAUUAUCAAACCACACCACUUCCAGAGAAGACUUGGACAUUGGUGGUUCUGCAGAGCUAAGGGAAGCAGCCGCACGUCAGAGGAAGAAGUUGGAGAGGGAAGCCGCAGAUGUGGACCUGAGUACUCUGUCUCCAGAUGUUGCCAGCUCUCUCCGAGCCUGGUUGGUGAACUCAGCCACAUGUGGAUUGCGUUCCCAGUGGGUGGAUCUAGGCCCGGCGUUCUGGCCACGUUGGCUGCGGCGGACCGACUGUGACAAGUCGGAAAGGGCGCAACGUUGCUCCUUUCCCGCUGGGAUGGUUUGCGUGAGAGCUCAGACAAAGCACAUUAAGAUUCUGGCUUGGCAUUGCUUGAAAGUCGGAGAUGAUGAGUCCAAGCGAUUCAAGAGUGACAGGUCUGAUGUCAGCAUGUUGAUGGGGACGAGUGAGGAAAUGAGAAGGUGUUUAUGGAUGGCUGUGCCCUAUCCUGUGGUCACAGCGUGUACAUGUUCGUGUCAAUGAUUGGUUUAUUCAUUGGUACCCCCACUAAUACUAUCACUCUAAGAUACACAUUUUUUUCUCCAAUUAAUUAAAUUUUUCUGCUUGUCCCUGCAAACAAAUCGGAAAAACAGCAAUUAAUCGUGUGCUUCUUCAAAACAAAUAUUUACAUUUUAGACCGAGGCAAGCUAAUCCUCCCCUCGUAUCUAACAUGAAAAACAUUUAUUUGGAUGUUGAUUAUAUGUGACAAUGGGUUUCCCCUUUAAAUUAAAAUGCUUUAACAUGUUGUCUCUGUGACUUUCUGGAGUACUUAAAAAUGAUUGAAGGUAAAGAUAGGUUAGUACGGUGGUUCUCAAUUAUUGUUAUUAUAUUACUGUGCUAUUCUAAAAAAAAUACAGUAUUUUAAACUGGUACAGUCUUCACACAUUUGCAGACUUAAAAGUGACCUAUAAAGUACUGCAUGAAUUGGCUGCAGAUCCUCUGGCAGAGUUCAUUAGCCAAAGAAACAGUUUUGAGCGUGUCACUCGAGGCUCUGUUAGAGGUGACUGUUAUAUUCCUCUGCGCAGGAGCACUUUCAGUAAGUCGGCCUGAUCAGUAAGGAGUGCAAAUGUGUGGAAAUCAGUAUCUAAAGGAGGUUCAACUGGUCACAACAUACAAGGCCUUCACAAAACAAUUGAAAAUGUGGCUUAUCAACUAAAAGAUGAUCUUGUUUUGAUGCUAAGAUACAUGUUAUGUUGUAUUUUAUUUUUUAUUAUAUCGUAUAUGUAUUGUGGGCUUUUUUUUUUCUCUUUUUUUUUUCUUUUUCUUUGAAAUUGCAAUUUUACUGCCUUUUUUACAUCAUGGCCAGGGGACUACAGAUGAAAACUAGCCUUCUGGCUAAUUCUGGCUUUUUUAACCAUUUGUAGUCAAGUGUUUUAUUAAAUUGCAUUGUCCCCUUUGAAAUAAACUAAUCUUAAUUAAUUAUU